GAGAAGGACAGUGGAAAAAAAGAAGGUGGACGGGGGCUUAGCGGAGGUUGCAGACGAUGGCGUGGAAAUGGGCCUCUUUUGGGGGGUCAAGAGGCCUGGAGACCGCUGGACUGCUGGCGCACCACCUCCACUGCGUGUACGAGUACGUACUUGCGUACCUCCUGCAGGGCAGCCCGGGCGAAUUCAUAAAUUGGAAGGGACCACCAGGCCGUGAGAGCGUCGUGGUGGCUGCUCUGCGCUGGGGUGCCGCUUCCUCUUUGGAAAGCCACUUGCUGGCGGUUUACGCGUCAGCUGAUUUACGAAGCACUUCUCACUCAAUCUCAUUGCGUUACCACGAGGCCUUCCAACUCAAUCCGUACCACUUUUCUUCGUACGUGCAGAGGUACCGCGGCUCUCCUGCUGAGCGGCCCGCAAGUACCGAGACUUCGGCCCCUCCAGCACGCGGCGAUGACGAGGCACCCGAUGCCAAGAUGCUAGCGCCAUGGCUGCGCAUUGCGGCAUCGCGCACUGUGCCUCUGGGCCCGUCAGGCACGUUUUCCGCGCGGCUUGUCAGUGUCUUUACGGGCCGGCACUGGGUGAGGGAUACUGUGCCCAGCUAA